GGUAAUCGACCCGACAAAAAAAGAGCGAAGGAAUGGGAAAAGAUGCAUUCGUAUUCGCGGAUUCAUAUUCAUCGUUCGACUAUAAACGGGACAGUGCAAGGGAUAACAAAUGGUGUAUAUGGGACUAUGAGUGGAGGGGUGUUCGAUGUAAAGCUUGCGCCAAAGAGAAGCAAUCAGAAAGAGGACAAUGACAAAGGUUCAAAGCGGACGAAAAUCGAUCAAUAUUUCUAUGCUCGCGCUGUGACCCCACUCACGCUUUCACAAGAAAAGAGUAAAGUUAAUGCGGAUUCGCUGGAUUGCAGUGAUGUGAAAGACUCGCCUUCACAAGAACAAGAACUACCACCAGAUGAGACUUCAAAAGAACGCAAUUUAUAUGAUCCGAUAAGGCGCCUGUAUGUUAAUAAAGAAUGGUUGAUGAUGGAAUCGACUUGGGAAAAGAUAGAAAAGAAGAUAGUAAGUUCACUUCCUCCAAUUGCGGAAAACCUGGAAUCACUUUUAGAAAAAUAUAAUAAAGCUAUCAUAGACGCCACAACCGGAUACUAUGUAGAUUUGCAGAAGGUUUGGAUUACCAUAAGUGAACCGCCAUUUGUGGGUCAGCACUCAUAUUUAUUCGCUAGAGACUGGUCUAUUCAGUGGAUACAACAAAUUUACACCACCUUAGGUGAAGUUGAAAAUAUUGAUAGGAAAACCCAAUUGGACCUCGCAAGGGAUGUAGAUAAACGUAAAUCGUGUGUAGGUAGCUGGCAUCAUGACGCCAUUUUAACUAUGAAAGCCGGGAAUAAGGAUUUUCAAAUAGCAUUUGGUGAGCGUAACUUUAAUUUUUCUAUUUUUAUUGUAAAAAUUUCUAAAAGAACUAUUCGAUUUAUAGCCAUGCGGUUAGCCCUUCCAAAACUUUUGAAACUAUUGCCCGAAAAUGUGCCAGGUAUCGAGGAGUUGGAAACUUUCGGAUUACUUGUGUAUAAAAAGGAGUUCCUUCUUUAUUCAAUGCAUUACGUGGAUGGAAUUUAUUUUGUUGAUCAGUACGAAGGAUUCACAAUUCCUGAUACACCAUUACAGCUGGGGAAUAUAUCUGAUAUCAUUCGCAUAAUGCUUAUGUUUAAG